AUAAUGAUAGUGUAUUCUUCAUUUCCAUUUAUUUACGAUCAUUUACGAUAAAACUGAUUCACUCGUUUUUUUCUCUAAGAAAAUAUUUAAAAAUUAAAUUACUUUAGCCCUAACAAUGUCUUUAGAAUGGUUUGAAUUAAUUGGGAAACCUCGAUUUGUGGUUGCCCCUAUGGUAGACGCUAGUGAAUUGGCUUGGAGACUUUUAUGUCGAAGACAUGGAGCUGAAUUGUGUUAUACGCCAAUGUUUCACAGUAAUGUUUUCACCAAAGAUCCAAAAUACCGUAAAGAUAGUUUUAUAACAUGUGAAGAAGAUAGACCUUUGAUUGUUCAGUUUUGUGGCAACAAUCCUGAAGUAUUGGCUACAGCUGCUAAAAUGGUGCAAGACAGUUGUGAUGCAAUUGAUAUUAAUUUGGGCUGCCCACAAUCAAUUGCUAAAAGAGGAAAAUAUGGAUCAUUUCUGCAAGAUGAUUGGAAACUUUUGCAAGAUAUUGUAAAAACAAUGUCACAAGCUGUAUCAGUACCAAUCACCUGCAAGGUAAGAAUAUUUGAUGAUGUUGAAAAGUCAGUGCAGUAUGCUCUAAUGCUACAAGAAGCUGGGUGCAAAUUGCUCACUGUACAUGGGAGGACAAGGGAACAGAAAGGUCCUCUUACUGGUAUUGCCAGUUGGGAACAUAUUAAAGCUGUUAGGGAAGCAGUUUCAAUACCCGUAAUUGCAAAUGGCAAUAUUCAGUGCUUAGAAGAUGUGUAUAGAUGUCUAGAAUAUACCAAAGUUGAUGCAAUAAUGAGUGCUGAAGGUAUACUCACUAACCCAGCUCUAUUUGAAGGAAUUAAUCCUGUAUCUUGGGACAUGGCUCUUGAGUAUCUUGAGUUAGUUGAAAAAUAUCCUUGCCCAACCUCAUAUAUAAGGGGUCAUUUAUUUAAAAUAUUCCAUAAGAUUUUUACAUUUCAAGACAAUUCUGAUAUUAGGCAGCUUUUAGCAGUUGGUCAAAUUCUUGAUGAUUUUAAACAAGUAUGCUUAAAAAUUAAAGAAAAGUAUGUGCAAUACCAUGAAGGUAAAAUCAAUUUUGGAAGCUAUGAAAGUAUAACUCGUAAUGGGUUUAACUUAAUACUUCCACCAUGGAUAUGUCAGCCAUAUGUAAGAAUAUCACCUGAAGAGCAUACAAAAAAAAUGGAUACUAUAAGUAAAUGUCAGGUUAUUGAGAGUAAAAGAAUAUUUGAAGACCCCGAUGGGAAUGUUAUUUCAAGAAAGAAAAUGAAAAAGUUAAGAAAAAUUAUGAGAAGACCAGAAAAAGAAGAGAGACAGCAAAACGGAAGGUCUGGUGAAAUUUGCAUAAAUAAUACCUGCCCUAAUCCACUUGGAGGAAAAUGUGAAUACCAGUUCUGUAAGAAAUGUUGCAAAAAUAAAUGUUAUGAAGAAGAUUUAGACUGCAAAGGUCAUAGAAUACUUGUACAUACUAGAAGAGAAAUGGCUAAGAAAUAUUCAAAAGAAUUGACACGAUAAAAUUUAAGACAAAAAAUAUGAAUUAUAUAUAUAUUUUUACAAUCAACAAACAUUGUUUACAUGGUGUUG